AUGGCCUCGCCUCCCCGUCCGUCGCGUCGUCCUCAAACUGCCGAACACGGACGAUCACAGUCGCGGCUCGAUCGCACAGCCUCGCUUACCACGUUUUCCGCACUAGCCCCGGCAGCCGCACUUGAGGUCGCGAACGACUGCAGAAACGGGAGCUCCCAACACCAUCCCGCCUCCUCGUUUCCCCUUCUCGCCACCCGAAUUCGCGUUCCCCGCCUCCCCGUUUCCCCUUUCCGCUCCCCAUUACCCCUUCCCGCCUCCCCGUUUCCCCUUCUCCGCUCCCCAUUACCCCUUCCCGCCUCCCCGUUUCCCCUUUCCGCUCCCCAUUACCCCUUCCCGCCUCCCCGUUUCCCCUUCCCCGCCUCCCUAAUUCCCCUUCCUGCUCCCCAUUACCCAUUCCGCCUCCCCGUUUACCCCUUCCCGCCUCCCAAUUCCCCUUCCCCGCCUCCCGUUUCCCCUUCCAGCUCCCCAUUUCCCCUUCCCGCCGCCUCAUUUCCCCUUCCCUGCCUCCCCAUUACUCAUUCCACCAUCCCUGCUUCCCCUUCCCGCUCCCCAUUACCCCUUCCCGCCUCCCCCUAUCCCUACCUAUUCAUCUCUCUUCCUUGCCUUAGCAUCACCUCUCAUCCCAUCCCCUUCAAACCCUCUCAUCCCAUCCCCUUCAAACCCCUCUCAUCCCAUCCCCUUCCAGCCCUUCUCAUCCCAUCCCCUUCAAGACCCCUCUCAUCCCAUCCCCUUCAAAACCCCUCUCAUCCCAUCCCCUUCAAACCCCUCUCAUCCCAUCCCCUUCAAACCCCUCUCAUCCCAUCCCCCUUCAAAACCCCUCUCAUCCCAUCCCCUUCCAGCCCUUCUCAUCCCAUCCCCUUCAAAACCCCUCUCAUCCCAUCCCCUUCAAACCCCUCUACAUCCCAUCCCCUUCAAACCCCCUCUCAUCCCAAUCCCCUUCAAACCCCUCUCAUCCCAUCCCCUUCCAGCCCUUCUCAUCCCAUCCCCUUCAAAACCCCUCUCAUUCCCAUCCCCUUCAAACCCUCUCCUCCCAUCCCCUUCAAACCCCUCUCAUCCAUCCCCUUCCAGCCCUUCUCAUCCCAUCCCUUCAAACCCCUCUCAUCCCAUCCCCUUCAAACACCCUCUCAUCCCAUCCCCUUACCAGCCCUUCGAUCCUCUUUUCAGUCCCUCCCACCCCGGCAAUAA